AUGGUCAAGUCCUUCGCGAACUUUGCGACGACCAUCGCCCUGGCGAUCGCGGCUGCGAGCGCUGCCUCCCUGCCCGACGGCACGUGGCCCGCCAGCACGGGCACCGUCCAGUUCUCCGAGGCUCACAUCGUCAAGGCCGGCGAGGUGUUCGACGGCAAGAUGCAGACGUACGAGCGCUCCGACAUCUCGUGCGAGGGCCAGACCGAGAGCGGCGCGUCCACCGCCGUCUUCAAGCUCGAGCCUGGAUCCACCCUCAAGAACGUCAUCAUCGGCAAGAACCAAAUGGAGGGCGUUCACUGCGAUAAGCACGACUGCGUCAUUGAGAACGUGUGGUGGGACGACGUGUGUGAGGACGCGCUGAGCGUCAAGGGCGGCACCGCCUCCAGUGUCACGACGGUCACGGGCGGCGGCGCUCGCUACGCCGACGACAAGGUCAUCCAGCACAACGGCUACGGCACCGUCAAGAUCGACGGCUUCUACGGCGAGGACGUCAGCAAGCUCUACCGCUCGUGCGGCACGUGCGGCGACAAGCAGCGCAAGGUGGACGUGGCCAACGUCUACGUCGUGAACCCGACCAAUGCCGUCGUGACGGUGAACAAGAACUGGAACGACGAGGCCACGCUCAGCAACGUCUGGGUCAAGUCCAGCGGCAAGAAGACGGUCAAAAUCUGCCAGUGGUCGCAGGGCAACGCCGACGGCGAGCCCUCCAUCCUGGGCCACGGGCCGUCCCCGCCGCUCUGCCAGUACUCGGAGAGCGACGUGCGCGUGAACGAGGACAUUUCCCAGGCGGCGCAGACUUCGACCGCGGCGUCGGCUUCCGCUUCGGCUUCAUCGUCGCAGACGCCCGCACAGCAGUCGUCGUCCUUCAGCGAUUCAUCACUCGCUUCGUCAGCCGCGGCGUCAUCGCAGACGUCGUCGAACUCGUCCACCGAGGCGUCCGAGGCGUCUGCCCCCGGCACGGUGGCGCCUGUGGAGAGCGGCAGCCUGGAGCACAGCAGCAGCAGCAGCAGCGGUUCGACUACCGACCCGACUACGCAGAACUCCAAUGCCGGUUCACCUACGCAGAGUUCCAGCACGGGCUCAACCGCUCAGACGACAGGCAGCGACUCAACCGAGCAAACCGCCACCAACACGACUGUGGGCGUCCCCGACGGCACGUGGCCAGCCAGCGCGGGCACCGUUCUGUACUCGAAGCCGUACACCAUCAAGGCCGGCGAGGUCUUCGACGGCAAGAUGCAGACGUUCGAGCGCUCCGACAUCACGUGCACCGACGGUGAGGGCCAGAAGGACUCCGCCGUGUUCCUCGUCGAGGCCGGCGGCACCCUCAAGAACGCCAUCAUCGGCAAGAACCAGAAGGAGGGCGUCCACUGCGACGACCACGACUGCACCAUCGAGAACGUCUGGUGGGACGACGUGUGCGAGGACGCGCUGAGCAUCAAGGGCGGCACUGCUUCCAGUGUGACCACCGUGACCAACUGCGGCGCGCGCUACGCCUCGGACAAGGUGGUGCAGCACAACGGCUACGGCACCGUCAAGAUCAACGGCUUCUUCGCGCAGGAGUUCGGCAAGCUCUACCGCUCGUGCGGCACGUGCGGAGACAUCCCUCGCACUGUGACGGUGGAGAACGUGUACGCCAUCGACCCGCUCGUGAGUCUUGUGACGGUGAACAAGAACUACAACGACCAGGCCACGCUCAAGAACAUUUAUGUCAAGACGACAGACGGCAAGGGCGACGUCAAGGUGUGCCAGUGGUCGCAGGGCAGCAAGACGCCGUCCAACCUGGGCGACGGACCGUCGGGCACGCUCUGCCAGUACACGGAGAGUGACGUCCACAUCAACGAGAAGUAA